CCAGCCUUUUGACGUCGGUAGGGCACCCGACCUCGACGACACCAGCAGCGCACUCCACAGCGACAAUCGGCCUGCGCAGGACAGAGUGGUGAAGAGGCACAUCCCCAGACAUGUCUGCGCCAUCACCGCCAAAGCCCUGGGAAACGAGUGGAGGUGCAACGAGUGCCUCGGUUGGUGAGUCGCCGGAGAACCAAUCCGCGCCGAUCACCUCUAACAUGACCGCAGGGUUCACAGGGUCGAGUAGCAGCACAACAACACCAGCGACAUCAUCGGCAGGCGCACCACCACCUCUGCCAUCAGUACCAGACUCGCUCAGUACAGUCGCGAACAGGAACGCAUCGACGUAUUCGAACAUGAACCGAGGCUAUGGCGCCUCGCCGUACGGCAGCUAUGGCGGUGGCUACAACAGCUACUCCACGCCUUACUCGAGUUUCGGCGGCAUGGGCUCGAUGUAUGGCGGUGGAUACGGCGGAAUGUACGGUGGGAUGGGUGGGAUGGGGAUGGGGGGUAUGUACGGCGGCAUGGGCAUGCCUGGCGACCCGAACAACCCGCAGAGUCUCACACAGUCGUUCAGCCAGAGCACACAGGCGACGUUCCAGCUGAUUGAGAACAUUGUUGGUGCAUUUGGAGGGUUUGCGCAGAUGCUGCAGAGCACGUACAUGGCGACACAUUCCUCCUUCUUCGCCAUGGUAUCGGUCGCUGAGCAAUUCGGUAACCUGCGACAAACACUCGGCUCAGUACUUGGAAUCUACACAGUAAUGCGGUGGAUACGGACAGCGAUCGCGAAACUCACGGGGCGACCACUACCAGCAGAUGCGAUGGGCCUGACACCCGCAGGCUUCCAUGCAUUCACAGGGAAGCUACCAGAUGGCUCGCCAGCGCCGCCCAAGCCCUCGAAGAAACCCUUCUUCUUUUUUAUUGCGGCCGUCUUUGGACUGCCAUACCUAAUGAGCAAGCUUAUCAAGGCGCUUGCACGGUCACAAGAGGAGGCAGAGAAGCGACGCAUGCUGGAGAACCCACAAGCCGGCGAGGCUAUCGACCCGAACAAGCUUGAGUUCUGCCGCGCGCUAUACGACUUCACCCCCGAUUCCAGCAUGUCAGGAAUGGAUUUGUCCAUCAAGAAGGGCGACAUGGUUGCAGUUCUGAGCAAGAGCGACCCCAUGGGCAACGCAUCAGAGUGGUGGAGGUGUCGCUCACGAGACGGAAGGAUGGGAUACCUCCCGGGCAUCUAUCUAGAGACCAUCCAGCGCAAGCAGCCUGCUCAGAUCACGAGCGGAAGUCAGAGCGGCAGCCCAGCAGGCAGCAGGGCGCAAACCAUGACGAGCAGCAGCGCCGCAAGCCGGACUGCUACCAUGACUGGGAAACCAGUCGAAGGACCCAAGGUAAAAGGCAAGGCUGGCGAUAUGGGAGUAGAGAGUUUCCAGAAGGGCGCUUUCUACUCCUAAUUCUUUUAGCGAUGUUUCUUCGGAGUUUGUUCCUCUGUACAUUGCCAUGUCAGGCGCAAACAAGCGCAUGCGUCUCAGAUUGGGUGUUAGUCAUCUUGGGUGU